UGAUGGUGGUCGUCCUGGGCGCCACCGGCACCGGCAAGUCCGCCCUGGCCCUGCAGCUCGCCCAGAGGCUCGGCGGAGAGAUCGUCAGCGCCGACUCCAUGCAGGUUUACAAAGGGCUAGAUAUCAUCACCAACAAGGUCUCCCCUCAAGAGCAGAGACUCUGCAAGCAUCACAUGAUCAGCUUUGUGGAUCCCCUCACCACUAAUUACACCGUGGUGGACUUCAGGAACAAGGCAACGGCCCUGAUCGAAGACAUAUUUGGGCGAAAGAAGAUCCCGAUUGUAGUGGGAGGCACCAACUAUUACAUCGAGUCCCUCCUCUGGAAGGUCCUGAUCGAUACCAAGGAAGCCCCCCACCCCGGCCCAUCUGCCAGCGGCGGCGAGGCCAUGGCGAUCGACAGGAAAGUCGAGCUGGAAAAGCUGGAUGGGCCGGAGCUGCAUCGGCGCCUGAGCCUGGUGGACCCCCAAAGGGCCGCCACACUGCACCCGCACGACAAACGCAAGCUGUCCAGGAGCUUGCAGGUGUUUGAAGAGACGGGCAUCUCCCACAGCGAGUUUCUCCGCCGGCAGCAGGCGGAGGAAGGCGGGGGUCCCCUGGGCGGCCCCCUGAGAUUCCCACACCUCUGCAUCUUCUGGCUCCACGCCCACCAGGAAGUUCUAGACCAGCGGCUGGACCGCAGGGUGGAUGACAUGCUAGCCAACGGGCUCCUGGAAGAGCUGAGGGGUUUCCACCGGCGGUACAACGAGGAGAAGAUCGCCGCGGAUCGCCAGGAUUACCAACACGGGAUCUUUCAGUCCAUUGGCUUCAAGGAGUUCCACGAGUUCCUGAUCACCGAGGGGAAGUGCCCACCCGAGACCAGUCUUCAGCUGCUAAAGAAAGGGGUGGAGACGCUGAAGCAGGUGACCAAAAGAUACGCCCGGAAGCAGAACAAAUGGGUCAAAAGCCGCUUCCUGAGCCGCCCUGGGCCCAACGUGCCCCCGGUGUAUGGCCUGGAGGUGUCCGAUGGCUCCCGGUGGGAGGAGUCCGUCCUGGAACCGGCGAUCCAGAUUGUGAGCAGCUUUAUCCAGGGCCAGCAGCCGGCCGCCGAGCCCCUGAGGAUCCACGGCGACGGAACGGAAAACAAGCGACGUCUUCACGUCUGCGAGCUGUGCGACAGAACCAUCAUCGGGGACCGAGAAUGGGCAGCCCACACAAAAUCCAAGUCCCACCUGCACCACCUGAAGAAAAGGAGAAAACUGAGCUGCGGGGCCGCGGCGCCCGCCCCCCAAAAUCAGGACGGGGGCCCAGAGGCUGACAAGGAGCUUCGGGAAGCGAGGCCCGCGGAGGGCGGCCAGCAGCCGCUUGAGUCCAACGCUUGACCGACGGGCGGCCGGCGGCAGUCCGGCCCCAGGGAGCCGUUGGACGCUCAGCACAGCGCGGCGGGGAGGGCUCGUUGCGGAGAGGGGCUCCUAGCAGCGGGGCUCCGACUCCGGACCACCGCCCGGCCACCGUGGACGGCCAGAGCGGCUCUCUUCCUCACGGCGGGAAGGGUGGGCGGCUACGGGGUUAAUAAUAAUGGCAUUUUGUUAAGCGCUUACUAUGUGCAAAGCACUGUUCUAAGCGCUGG